AUGCCUAAAUAUUAUUGUGACUAUUGUGAUACAUACCUCACUCACGAUUCACCAAGUGUAAGGAAAACACAUUGUACAGGAAGAAAGCAUAAAGACAACGUUAAGUUCUAUUAUCAGAAAUGGAUGGAAGAACAGGCCCAGCACCUUAUCGAUGCGACGACUGCUGCGUUCAAGGCCGGUAAAAUUGCGCAAAAUCCAUUUGGGGGUCCUAAAGGCGCGAAUAUUCCUCCUCCAUGGGAUCCUUCUGUUAUGGGUCCCGGAGGUCCUCGACCGCCCGUACCUACGCCAGGAGGACCUCCGGGAAUGAUUCCUCCUCCAGCUAUGGGUCCAGGGGGACCUAUGCCUCCUAUGAUGAUGGGUCCUCAUGGACCUAUGGGACCAAUGGGUAUGGGUAUGGGCAUGAGGCCACCAAUGAUGGGACCAUUAAUGGGACCUAUGGGACCAAUGGGGCCCAUGGGCCAGAUGCGACCACCGUUAAUGAAUGGACCGCCUAUGAAUAAAUAG